AUGGUUAUAGAUUAAAAAAUGUAUUCAAUAGAGUGUGCUAAACAUAGUAAGAAUUAAAUUUUUGCUUUAUGGAUAAUAAUUUAAUUAAGAAUUAUGAAGAUUUAAAAAUGUAAGAGAGUAGGUUAUCAAUAGAAUUAAAUUUAAUAAAUUAAAAGACUUAAGAUAGAUAAAUAAACUCUUAAGAAUUAAAAUAAAUGA